UAUGCAACAACUACAAAAUAAAUGAUUUAAAUAAUUUAUAGAAUCAAAUCCCGUUUUCAAACGUUUGUGCCUGAGUAGAUAUAAAAUAAAGAUUUACGAACUGAAAGUUUAAAAAACAAAAAGUCGGAAAUUUUAAUAUGCGACUAAACCUUGUGCCAAAGAAGACAUCAUGUGAAAAGUGAAAUAUAUUUACAAACAGUAAAGGCUAUUAUCAGAAAUGGAAUUCUGCGCAAGGCAAACUGGCGUUAUUUGUUUCUUGUUAAUUAUUAUUUUUAUGUCAAAUUACGCAAAAGGCACGCCGACUAUCGUUGAAGGAGAUAUAGUUAAAGAAGAGAACGAUGUGGGUGUUCAAACAAUGUCAUACGUUAUAAGGACAAAUACAUGGAAAUCAGGACAAAUUCCUUUUAACCUCGAUCCCAGCAUCACUAAAAACAGAGAUAUCUUAAGGAAUGUUACGAGUGCCAUGUAUACCAUCCAUCAGAAAACAAGCAACUGCAUUCAGUUCUUCCCGAGAACAUCUAGCAACAUGAACUACAUCAACAUAACUGGCUCAGAUUCGGGAUGCUACAGUUCUGUUGGCCAAGUAGGUGGUGGGCAAGUUAUAAAUGUUGGCCCAGGGUGCGGCAUUGUAGGGAUAAUCAUGCACGAGCUUCUCCACGCGCUCGGGUUUUGGCAUGAGCAUAGCAGGAAUGACAGAGACAAUUACGUUGAUAUAAAAUAUGAAAAUAUCCUCCCAGGUGAAGAAUCAAAUUUUGACACGAGACCAGACUCAACUGGUGUAGAGUCAGCGAUUAAGUACGAUUAUUUAUCCCUUCUGCAUUACAAGUACAACCAGUUUGGUAAAUUUAGACGUGAUACAAUAGUGCCAAAUGCCGAACACAGUGAUGUUGACAAAACUCUACUUGGGCAGCGGGAGAAGCUGAGCGAUAAAGACAUAGCCCGAAUUAUGUGGCUUUACAACUGUGACAGAGUUCCAUCACCAGCAUCCUCGUGCGCACCUCCCGAUUUUGAAAAUGUGGAAGUCGAGCCAGAACUGUACAGGUACACUGUCGGCACCAUAGUUACAUUUAAAUGUAGUAAAGGGACACUUAUUGGUGCAGCUCAUAGUGAAUGUUUGUCCACUGGGGACUGGUCUGGUGCAAAGCCCUUCUGUGUGCAAGCGACAGAAUUUCGAUACUGUGAUAUGGAGGCUAAUUGCUUAGAUGGACCAAAGGCUUGGUAUUUUCCAACGAUAUAUCAACAAGUGGCUAAAUGGAAGCAGGUUUCUGGACAGACACCAACUCCUAACACUGGUCCAAACACCGAUCAUACGACUCAAUCCGGUGAUGGCUCUUACCUGUUAAUGGAAGCCACUGACAUUCCAGCAAAACAAACCGCACUCGCUCUGUCGCCGGUGCUAUUUUUUCCAGAAAGGGGAUUACAAGUCUGUAUAAUGUUUUUUUACUACAUGUUCGGUGAAGAUCUUGAUUCAACUUCCACCUUAUCUGUGUAUAUCAACUGGAAACAAAUCUGGACACGGACUGGGUCAACUACUGAGCAGAAUUGGUACAAAGGGGUCGGUGAAACAAAUAUAACAUCAAAUUAUGCUUUCGUUUUUAUAUCAGCGACAAGAGGCGAUAAGGGAGAUAAGGCAGAUAUUGCUAUUGAUGACGUGUUUCUUGGCCAUUGUGCCGAGGUAAAAAAGUACAGUGAAGUGAUUGACCAAGCUGAAUCAAAGGCAAAAGAAUACGAUUAAAUUAAUAGCUUAUAGCUUCUUAAAUGUUAACGUUUAGCCUGUUAAAUUUAUUUCUAAAAUAAAAAGGUACAUCAUUCAACGUAGGCAGUGCCAUAUAUUAUUGGAAGGGGUGUUCAAUGAAAAUUUACCAACUGAAUAGCGAACAGGGCAGACUGACCUUGGUCUGCACCGAUCGCAAAGGCAGAAUCAUUUGCCGCUAGCAUGCUAAAGGUAAAACUAUGCAACGGACAUAAAAUAACGAUGUAUUUAACUUGCUUUAAGUGGAAAUGAUCGAAGUGAUUCCGCGGAGGACUUAAGUAUUUGCCGGCACAUUGUUAGAAUAUUUGGUGGUUUAAAAUAUGAACAAGUUGUAUAUUUAAUUUUAUUGUUAUUUUUUUUUUUAAUUUUGAUGUUAUGAUAGGCAAACAACGUUUGCACUGUGUCGUUCUGUAACUCUGAACUUUGUGUAUAUGCUACGUGCUUCAGAAGUAGAUUAUACUGUGUUUAUCAUGUACGUUACCAUGUACGUUUGCUUGAAUUAUGUGUCAAACAUUUUACUGUGCUUGAUUGUUGUGCCAGAAGAUUUUGCACGUAUGAAAAUAUGUCAUUACCCGUAAUGUAAUAUGAAACCCUGAAAUAUAACUCGUAAUUUGUUUCUACUCGGAAUGUUUUCCUACGUGAAUGCUUUGAGAUCGGAAAUACAAGAACGACAACUCUAUAUGGAGAUUGACUCAUUUGGUUAGUUUGUAAUGAAGAACUUCAGCAAGAAUAUAUAUAAGCCGUGCAAUGAGAAAACCAACCUAGUG